CUUGAAAUGGGUGUGAACUCAUCAUAGAACAACAUCCAUUUGUUUGUCAACUUGUCGUGCUUGAUAAGUCUUGGUUUAAGUAGGAUUUGGUGGUCUAUCCUGGUAGUGGUGGAAAAUGUGCGGUAGGCCUUGUGGAAUUUUUUGUCGUUGUAUUCAAUCACUAUGUAUUUCAUUGUUUUUGCGUUGUUGCUGUUGGUUUCUGGUAUCCAUUCAAUUUGGGCAGUUCUUAGUUGAUUGAGUUGAUGUUCCUCUUCUAGUAUUGUGUAUGGUAUGAACAAACCUAGAAGUUACAAUUGAACAUGAUACUAACCACUAAGAUAUAUAUACACACAAUACAGAUAAAAAAUACUUGGUUCUAAUUUAUAGAAUUUGGAUUUUAGGGAAAUUAUAUGAAAUAUAGUACUUGAUUGUUGGCCUCUGUGAUGAAUUUUUGUGGUUGGUCAUUCUCCCCUUCUAGGGCCUCUUUUUCGCUUCUAAAGUUGCCUUUUCCUCUUCUAGGGCCGCUUUUUUAGCUUUAAGGACCUUCUUCUCCGACUCCUAGGGCCGAUGUUUCCUCUUUUAGGACCGCCUUUUCCCGUUCGAUGGCCACCGUUUCCCCUUGUAGUGUUUCCAUCAUCAUGGCCUCCAUUGAUUGCUUUCUUAGGUGCAUUUCUGACCUUAGGCUCGUUGACUUGAGGAACACCUUCACAGUACCAACAACGAAGAGAAACAAACCAAGUAGUGCAGGUGGGAUAUCUGAAAACAGCAGGAGCAGCGAAAGCCAUGUCGUGAAGUCUGGCUCACAGCCGUCUCUUUGGUUUGUUUGGGUUAGAAUCAUGGAAGCCCUCUCUUUGUUUCUUCUGCUGCUGGAAGAAGUAGAAUACUUCUGCUGCCCCUGGACUAAGCCUUCUUAUUGGGACAAGUCAUUGGAGAAGCGACGACCUGUGAUAUUUGAAAACAGCAGUGGCGGCAGCGGCAGAAGUCUUAGCCAAGUCGUCAAGUCUACCUCACAGGCGGCCCUUUGGUCUGCUUGGUUUGGUUUCGAGGAUGCCAACUUUUUGUUGUACUAGGAUUCUCUCUCUUCCUUUUUCCAUCCUCUCUUCUCAUAUUCUUUAUUUUGUCUUUCUUUCUAUAAAAAAUUAAUAUAAAAUGUUGAUGUGGUUUAACCGUAACGGUUCAUAUAGGAGAGGAGGGAUAAAAAAAGGGGGAGACAAUCCUACCCCCUCUUUGUUUGGACUGGUGCUGGA